UGAAUGAUACAUAAUAAUGUUAUGGUUUUUAAAGUUGUUCCAUUCCAAUAACAUUCCAAAACUGGAGCACGGGAAAUACAGGAAAUAUGAGAAUUUAGUGGCGUUCUAUUGUAACAAGUUGAAACACAGUUCGGAGAUCCAAUGAAAAAGACAAACAGCGUGUGAUGACAGGGGAGGGUUGUGCUUUAAAUGCCUGACGGAAGACGUGUAAACGAAAGUGGCUCAAUCUGCGAAAGACUUCAUAGACUGACCUUCCUCUAGUCUAAAGGGGCUGAUUUGGAGUCCAGAUUCAGGGACACAAAGAAGAGCUGAAUUUGACGGUUUAAAGCAGCGCAAAAAUGUCAUUGACACGUGAACAAUUUUAUAACAAAGCGAUCAGGCCAAAUUUGGCUCGCUUUUCGUCAACGGUCAAAGUGAGAGAUAUAUUACCUCACCUGGCAUGCCUCACAAUCACUGAUAGGGAAGAGGUCGAAGCCAAGAGAGAAACUUCUGGAAACUUCACUGCUAUGCAGACACUUCUGGACAAUCUACGCAGACGAGAGAACUGGCCUGAUGAGUUCAUCACUGCACUAAGGAACUGUGAACAUAGGGAACUGGCUGAUGAGAUGAGCACUGCUUAUGACAGGAUCAGGGGAAUCACAAAUAAUGCAGCUCCUGCUGCUCCUGUGCCCAGACCUGCACCUGCUCUAGCUCCUUCUUUUUCUUCAGCUGGUGCCACAGCAACCGUAACCACAGCAACAGUUCAUACUGUCCCAGUAACCACUUCUCCUUUGCUGAAUCCACCUGCAGGGGACGUCCCAGCACAUUCAACUCCCCCUUCCAACAUUGCAGCCCCAGAACCAUCUCCUGCUCCUGUUCCCAAAGUUCCAGAGACCCAGCACGUGCAGAACAUUCCUACUUCAGUUCCAGCACCUUCUCUUGAACCAGUGUCCCAAGCUGAAAUUGCACCUGUGGUUGUUGCUCCUUCCCAAGCACCUCCCUCCGCUGUAGUCUCAGUCUCCAAAGUCCCAACCCACACUGGGCCAGCUGAGAACAAAACACCUGUUUUAGAUACUCCAGAUGGCUUGGAUUUAACAGACCAAACCACCACCUCCUCAUUAUCUGGUGAAACUGUCCUCUCCACCUCAAGUGCUCAAGCAUCCUCCUCAAACACCUCUCCAAUUCAAAUGACAAAGCCUUGCACCACCUCCCAGAGUUCUCAAAUGUCAGAGAAGAUCCAGGUACCAAUCACAGUCAAGGACACUGACACCUCUGAGAAGCUCCCUGUCCAAGACACUAAUCCUCCAUUGAGAGAGGAAAGGACAGUUCAGGAGCCUGAAGAGAUCUCUGACCCAACUGCAAACGAGCUCGUUCAGAGGAACAAUACAGUUGUAUUACCAGUUUUUAAUGGCCAAACAAAUUCGACUAGAACAGGUCAGGCAACAUCAUCCGCACCUACUGAGGAGGUUACACACCCUCCCUCUUCCAUCGAGCACGAAUAUUUCAGCAAACCUGGCACCCUUCAGUAUCCAGAACCCCAGCAGAACAGAGCAGAGCCUCUUCCUGCCAUGCCAGAAGAGCCUUGCUCAGUGGUUUCUGAUGAUUUGGAGAUCAGCCGAUCAAUAGAGUCUUCCACAGAACCUGGACGGUCUACUAGUCUUGCAGAGCAGACCUCCACUGCCAUUGCUUCCCUUGAUUCUGCCUCUUGGUGUGAGCCUCCACACAUUGCUGCUCCCUCGACUCCUAACCAGCCUGAGGAAGACCACUAUGAAUCUUUCUGUCCGAGUCAGACACUGGUCAAUGAAAUCCGGUACGCUGAGGAGCCACCUGCUGAAAAUUUGAAUGGUCAGCCACCAAGCAUGCUGCAACAUAGCAGAGUCAUCUCUGAGAACCAUAUUGGCACAGAAAAUGUAGUUCCUCUCAGUGAUCCACAUGGGCAUGAUUCAGAGACAUCAGACCGUAAGAAGUCAGCCUCCACCAACUACCAAGAGGAAGAAUCUAAUGCUAGGCCAGCAACUAUUCUACAGCCAGAGCUGAGAGAAGAGGGCUAUCAAGAGUUAUUCAGGAAAAACAACUACCAACUUGUUGCUGCUGCUGGGAUCGCUCUGUCUGCUGUUUUCUUGGCCUGGAAGCUCAAGCAUUAACUGAAAAGGUCUUAAAAGGAUACUUCACCCCCAAAAUGAAAAUGUUGUCAUUAUGUACUCUUGAAACCCAUAUAAACCCAAAUAAUAUUUUCGUGAUUAAGUGAAUGUCUGGGUUGGAUACAGGUUGGAACAGUGGAUAGCAACUGCUGCUGUCAAGUUUAGAAAAGGACAAAACGUAGCAUAAAAGUACUUCCUACGAUCUGUGCACUAUAUACCAAGUCUUUUAAAGCCACACAAUAGCUUGCGGUGAGGAACAAACUGAAAUUUUAGUUAAUCACUGAAAAUUUUGCCUUCUAUCCUACAUAACCUCUGUCACCAAACUCUUUUGUGGUUUCAUUCUUAUGUAUUUAUUCUCAUGUGUGUAUAUUUAGGCCUAUACAUAAUCCUUGUUUGCCAUGUGCCUUGUAUGACAGGGCCGAUAAUGAAUUGAACUGCCAUUGCACCAGUAAAAUCAGAUUCACUGCUAAUAAAUGAAGUGUCAUGUAGCUUUUAAGUAAUUUGGAAAACCUAGCUUGUCAGGUAUUAUAUAUUGAACAACAACUGGUUGUAUUGUCAAUUGUAAAACAUUGCAAGAAUAUAUCCUGUGUGUGACAGAACAUGAAUAUAAGGAGCUUUUGCAUAACCUCUGUUGAACAUUUAUAAAAAGCACUUGCUCAAGCAUUAUACAAUUGCUCCAACCCUCUCCAUUAAAGCUAAAUGCAAACAUAGCCAAGUGCCUAAUCCAAGUGUGGAGGGGGGAAAUCUGUUUAUAUGUAAGGGUUGUGUCUGCAGAAGUGUCUGUCUAUUUUGCAGUGUAGUUGAAUAGGAUAAAUUUCAUUUUUGCCAGAUGCAUUUAUCUUAAAUUGUAUUCAAUGUAUAUAUUUUUCAGUUCACUCUCUCCAUCAUUCAAACUCAUGUUCUUUGGGUUGCCUGCGGCAUUCGCUACCUUUUGAGAUGAAGAAAUGUUAUACGAUUCAUGCUAUUAGCAUCAAAUUACCUGUGUAAGAGUAACUGCAAGUAAACAUUAUGAAACUCUGAA